AGUCCAGACACAUCUGAUUCUCUCAGGCCAAUGGAGGCCUCAUUGGAAAUUGAGAGCGACAAGAAGAAGAAGCGCCGCGUGCUCUUCUCCAAAGCACAGACAUAUGAGCUCGAGCGGCGUUUCCGCCACCAGCGCUACCUGUCAGCACCCGAGCGCGAGCAGCUGGCGCACCUGCUCAGCCUCACUCCGACGCAGAUCAAGAUCUGGUUCCAGAAUCACCGCUACAAGAUGAAGAGAUCCCGUUCUGAGGGCGCGUCAGACCUCGGUCAACCAGCAGUGCUGCAGAGGCUCAUGGUACCUGUCCUCAUGCGGGAUGGCAAACCGUAUCAGACUUGCUUCAUCGGCGCUGAGAGGAACGGAUGUAUGGUAGCCUCAGCCGCACCUGCCACUCACUACAGCGUCCAGGGGUGCCAGUCUUUACAGCAUCCCUCCCCGCUCGCCCUGUUUCCCAGAUUUCAGCACUUUACGCACUCUGCGCCCACUUCACACCAUUUCGUUUGGUGAGACUGACCUCAACUACAAACAGGCAGAGACCAUUUUGACUCUUAAAUAAUACAAACACCUCGCAAAAAUGGAUCAUUUU